GACACUUGGGGUCACUCCGUGCAGUGCCCAGUGGCCGAGUUGGCUGCCAGAGGAGUCACGCUACCACCACGUGCUCCCAAUGUGAAGCUUGCAGUGGUCGUCUUUCCCCAAGAUCGCGAAGGGCGGCUAUUGGUUACCCAGCGUGCUGCUCACAUGCGCACAUUUCCGAGGUGCUGGGUGUUUCCAGGCGGUGGCGUCGAUGAGGGCGAGGCCUUGGCCGUGGCUGCUAGCCGUGAGCUAGUGGAGGAGACUGGUCUUAGCGUGACGCCUUCUUCCUUGCAGCCUCUAUGCCUUUGGGAAAGCGUUUUUCCCACCUCUGUAGAAGGCUGCAUCGAGGCUGGACAAGUGAAAGGCCACUCGGUGACUGUGUUCCUGGAGGCCCUCUUAGAUCCUGCUACGGCGGGCAACGUGGUUUUGCAGAGUUCCGAGUGCGAGCGCUGUGCUUGGGUCUCGCUGCAGUGGCUCAUGGACCUCCAUAGUCCCAGCGCUUUCGAAGUCGCUGAUGGUCAUGGCACUGAACUGCCUUUGCUGAAUGGCUGGCAGGUAGUAAGAACGGAGGAGGAGUCAGAAGCGACUGCUGCAGCCCUGAAAGAAUGCAAAAUUGAAGCGACCCAGCUCUCCGGCAUCUACCCAAACGCUGUCGGAGAGGGCAUCGGUCAGGGUCACCUUUUUGCGCUUUCAGUGCUCUGGUCGAAGAGACUCGAGUCUUCGAACCUGUGA